CUGAUCAUAGUGGUUGUGGUGAGAGAGCUGUGAAAGCCACAGGCAGAGCCAGGGUAUGAGAAACGCUGCCUGCAGAUAACCUAUCUAACCCUCAGCGGGCUCCGGAAAGGACUUUAGUCCCUGGAGUUGUCAGAUCGCUGAGUGGGACACAAGCUCUGUAAGGUAGAUUGAGAAAGAAAGGAAGGACGAAGACAGACAACAGCUGUGUGCUGUCUGCUCUACACUGGCACCAUGCAGCCAAAGGUGUCCCAGCUUCGGAGAAGAGAAGGGCUGGGAGAGGAGCAGGAGAAGGGAGCCUGUGGAGGAGAAGGGAACGCAAGGACACACAGAACCCCAGACUUGGUGCAAUGGACUCGACAUAUGGAGGCUGUGAAGACACAGUUUCUGGAGCAAGCACAGAGAGAGUUGGCAGAGCUGUUGGAUCGGGCCCUAUGGGAGGCUAUGCAAGCUUACCCCAAACAAGACAGACCUCUUCCCUCCACUGCCCCAGAUUCUACAAGCAAGACCCAAGAGUUACAUCCUGGAAAACGGAAAGUUUUCAUCACCCGCAAGUCACUGAUCGAUGAGCUAAUGGAGGUGCAGCAUUUCCGGACCAUCUACCACAUGUUCAUAGCAGGCCUGUGCGUCCUGAUCAUCAGUACCCUGGCCAUCGACUUCAUUGAUGAGGGCAGGUUGAUGCUGGAGUUUGACUUACUCCUCUUCAGCUUCGGACAGCUGCCCUUGGCGCUGAUGACGUGGGUUCCCAUGUUCCUGUCUACGCUCCUAGUGCCCUACCAGACCCUGCGGCUGUGGGCCAGGCCUCGCGCUGGGGGCGCCUGGAUGCUGGGGGCCAGCCUGGGCUGCGUUCUGCUGGCUGCCCACGCUGUGGUGCUCUGUGUCCUGCCGGUGCACGUGUCAGUGAAGCAUGAGCUUCCGCCCGCCUCGCGCUGCGUGCUGGUGUUUGAGCAGGUCAGAUUGCUGAUGAAAAGCUACUCCUUCCUGAGAGAGACUGUGCCUGGGAUCUUUUGUGUCAGAGGAGGAAAGGGCAUCAGCCCCCCAAGUUUCUCCAGCUACCUCUACUUCCUCUUCUGCCCUACACUUAUCUACAGAGAGACAUACCCCAGGACACCCAGCAUCAGGUGGAACUAUGUGGCCAAGAACUUUGCCCAGGCCCUGGGCUGUUUGCUCUAUGCCUGCUUCAUCCUGGGCCGCCUCUGUGUCCCUGUCUUUGCCAACAUGAGCCGGGAACCCUUCAGCACCCGGGCUCUGCUGCUGUCCAUCCUGCAUGCCACGGGGCCAGGCAUCUUCAUGCUGCUCCUCAUCUUCUUCGCCUUCCUGCACUGCUGGCUCAACGCCUUCGCCGAGAUGCUGCGGUUUGGAGACAGGAUGUUCUACCGGGACUGGUGGAACUCGACUUCCUUCUCCAACUACUACCGCACCUGGAACGUCGUGGUCCAUGACUGGCUGUACAGCUAUGUGUAUCAAGAUGGGCUGUGGCUCUUAGGCAGGCGGGCUCGCGGGGUGGCCAUGCUGGGAGUGUUCCUGGUGUCUGCAGUGGUUCAUGAGUACAUCUUCUGCUUCGUCCUGGGGUUCUUCUACCCGGUCAUGCUGAUGCUAUUCCUUGUGAUCGGGGGGCUGCUGAACUUCACCAUGAACGACAGGCACACAGGUCCAGCCUGGAACAUCCUGAUGUGGACCUUUCUCUUCAUGGGCCAGGGCAUCCAGGUCAGCCUAUACUGCCAGGAGUGGUAUGCUCGUCGACACUGUCCCCUGCCCCAGACAACAUUCUGGGGGAUGGUGACACCCCGCUCUUGGUCCUGCCAUCCCUAGAAGUCAAGGCUUCAUGUUACGCAGAUGACAGCAUCAAGCUCCUCUGCCUGCAAAGCCCAGCCAAAGCCAGGGUUCCUCACUACCUCAUUUGGAGUCAGGAACUUGCACAUAGGACCUUCCAGGGGGCCAUGGGGACUCAGGUACCCACCUCUGUGGUCAGCUGACCACAGGCUCAGUAUGGUGUGACUCGAGCACCUACCCUCUGUGGACUGGGCACAGGUUCCCUUCUGACCCAUGUCUCUCCAAGUGUGCAGAGACUCAGAGGAACAGGGCACACCAAAGUUUGACACGUUUGGUUCUUUCUGCUUCUCCCAAUGCAACAAUUAAAUCUUCGUCUCAGACUGGAGAGAUGGCUCAGUGGUUAAGAGCACUGAGUGCUCUUCCAGAGGUCCUGAGUUCAAUUCCCAGCAACCACAUGGUGGCUCACAGCCAUCUGAAAUGGGAUCUGAUGCCCUCUUCUGGUGUGUCUGAAGACAGCGACAGUGUACUCACAUACAUUAAAUAAAUAAAUCUUUAACAAAAAAUAAAA